CCACGGGUGUUUGGGUAAUAUUUUUCGUCUUUCAUUCUCGUCAUAAUACAUUAGUUUCAUCGCCUGCGAAAACACAAGCUGGUUUUCAUUGGACCGGGUAAAAACAGUUGUUUUAUUAGAAGUCAUUUUUUUUUGCAUUUGAGGUAACUAUUAUUGUAAUCUUUCAAUUCAACUGAUUUUGGCUUAUCUACCCAAUCUGAUGGAAAACGUCAGCUUUUAGACAUUAUGUUGCUUUAUAAAAACGCUUUUACACUCUGCAUGGUGCCAUCAUUAACGUUCAUAUAAUUAUAUAAUAUACAUUUUCAACUUAUGUAAAUAUAAUUAGGUGUGAUUAAAUUGUGAUAAAUGAGAUUAAGUUUCUGAGCUCAACUACUAUGCUACGCAUUUACAGUUUUUAUAAACUUCGUUACACGUUAAUUUCCUAGACGUUAAUUUCCAUAUUUAGAUAACACUAAUCUUAUUAUGUUAAUAUCCGAAUAAAUUAUAUUGAAUAAUGCAAUUUUCUCGUACAUUUCAACUAAAAUUCUAAUUCAAAUAAGCACAAAUCGUUAAUACUGAAAGUGUGAAAUGUACAACAUUAUUGCAUGAUCAGUUCGAUCGUCGUAAUUACACACAUAUAGAACAAUCGAAAAACCGUCGCCAGGCAUGCUGGGUAAAAUUUCCGUGAGUAAUCAAAAUGGCUGUCUUACAACGGUUUCCGUUUUAUGACUACGUUUUAACGUCAUUCAUCGAUCUAUCUUUUUUUGUGUUAAGUUCUAUCCGUGAGGUUCAGAGGUAUGAAUAUAUAUUGUCUAACGAAAUGUAUUUUUUCAGAUAUUUUGUAUUAUUGUGCGUAAAGAUUUAAUUCGUAGCGUUUAAAGGGCGUUUAGUUUUGCAAGGGGUGUUGAUGAAAGGAAGGGAGGGAAGAGUGCGCGCGCGUUGCAUGACGGGACGAUGGACGAGAGGACGGUCGGGGAGGGCGAAAGUACGAGUCGAGUUCACAAAAUGGCGGCCAAGCUCAGGCCCGUGACCAUAUAGUACGUGAAAAUUCGAUAAUUUUACACGAUGUCGCGACUCUAUACAUCAAUAGUCGUUUAACAUUGCAAAUACGUGUAUACGCGGUAGUUUAAUUAUUAAAUUAACGUGGAUUUGUGCGUGGUGCGUGUAAUAUCGAGAUAUCGGUGCGACGCGCAGACGGGACGAUGCAGAAAACAUUAGAAUCUGAGUCUGGUAAGGAAUCUGGAUCUGAUUCUGAAAAUGAAAGUAAGAGCGAUAGCUCUUCUUCUGGAAGCAAUACAGGAUCUGGUUCAGGAUCAGAAAGCGACUCUAGCUCUUCAAGUGGUUCCGGGUCUGGAUCAGGUUCUGAUUCUGAUAAAUCAGAGAAGUCGGAUGCACCUGCACAAAGCGAUAGCUUCCAGAGCAAAAGUUCAAAUCACAGCACAGAAACAAAAGUUAGGCUUAAAAAUGAGUCUAGUCGUGAAUGGGCUGAUAAUCCUGAUAUAUAUGGCAUCAGGAGAUCUGGGCGUUCUAGGAAAGAGCCUGAAAGGCUUGCAACCGGACGUGAAAGCGACAGUGAUAGUCGCAAGAAAUUUAAGAAAAGAAGUUCACACAAUUCGUGGAAUUUGGGAAGUUCGGAUUCUGAAUCUGAUGAAAUUGAAAGCAGGAGACCCCCACCUAGUAAAUCGUUAAAUAGACGUGCAGCUCAGAAAGCAAAGGAAAAAGCAAGAACACGAAAGAAACGAAUUUCAGAAUCAUCUGAAAAUUCCUCUUUUGAUAGUGAUGAUAAUAGACGACAAGUUACGAGAAGAACUGGCACUGCAGUUAGUUACAAAGAAGAGAGUGAAGAGAGAACAGACAGUGAAGAUCUGGUGGAAGUCGAUGAAGGUAGUACUGCAAACGCGGAACCUGAUAAUGCAGAAACAAUUGAACGAAUUCUGGGACAAAGGCUUGGUAAAAAAGGAGUCACAGGAAAUGUUACAACAAUUUAUGCUGUUGAAGAAAAUGGAGAUCCUAAUCCAGAUGAUUUGACUAAUGAAGAAACUGAAAUGCAGUAUUCAAUAAAAUGGAAAGGAUGGUCUCAUAUACAUAAUACAUGGGAGUCAGAGGAAUCGUUAAAAGCACAAAAAGUAAAAGGAUUAAAAAAAUUAGAUAAUUUUAUUAAGCGAGAACGGGAAAUCAAACAAUGGAGGGAUUAUGCUGGACCAGAGGAUAUAGAUUACUUUGAAUGCCAAUUAGAACUUCAACAAGAUCUCCUCAAAAGUUAUAAUAAUGUUGAAAGGAUUAUUGCUGAAUAUAAUAAGCCUGAUUCAGAUCAUCCAGAUUAUUAUUGUAAAUGGGAGAGCUUACCGUAUGCUGAUGCCACAUGGGAAGAUGGAGCACUGAUUGUUAAAAAAUGGCCGGAAAAUAUAAAAGAAUUUCGUGAUCGAGAAGAUUCAAAGAGAACGCCUAGUAAACAUUGCAAAGUUCUUAAAUCAAGACCCAAAUUUCAUCAAGUAAAGGGACAACCAGAAUAUAUGGGUAGAGGACGAGAUUUGACCCUCAGAGACUAUCAAAUGGAUGGAUUAAAUUGGAUGAUUCAUUCAUGGUGUAAAGAAAAUAGUGUUAUUUUAGCAGAUGAAAUGGGUCUUGGUAAAACAAUACAAACAAUAUGCUUCCUUUAUUACUUGUUCCAUACCCAUCAACUCCAUGGGCCAUUUUUAUUGGUAGUUCCUCUUUCAACAAUGACUUCCUGGCAAAGAGAAAUGCAACAGUGGGCACCAGAUAUGAAUUUCGUCACGUAUUUGGGUGACGUUACUUCUCGCAAUGUUAUUAGAGAAUAUGAGUGGUGUUACAGUUCGAAGAGAUUAAAGUUUAAUGCCAUACUCACCACUUAUGAAAUAGUACUUAAAGACAAAGCAUUUCUGGGUGCCUUAAAUUGGGCCGUUUUAUUGGUAGAUGAAGCACAUCGAUUGAAAAAUGAUGAUUCUCUUUUAUACAAAGCACUUGCCGAAUUUCAUACAAAUCACCGCCUAUUAAUAACUGGUACUCCAUUACAAAACAGCUUAAAAGAAUUAUGGGCCUUACUACACUUCAUAAUGCCUACUAAAUUUAAUUCAUGGGAAGAGUUUGAGAAAGAGCAUGAUAAUGCAGCUCAAAAAGGAUACUCGAAAUUACAUAAACAGUUAGAACCAUUUAUUUUACGACGUGUUAAAAAGGAUGUAGAAAAGUCUUUGCCUGCUAAAGUUGAACAAAUUUUGCGCGUCGAAAUGACAUCUUUGCAAAAACAGUACUACAAAUGGAUAUUAACUAAAAAUUAUAAUGCAUUACGAAAAGGUGUUAAGGGGUCUACUAUGACCUUCUUAAAUAUUGUUAUUGAAUUAAAGAAGUGUUGUAAUCACGCCUUUCUUACAAAACCUACCGAAAGUGAGAGAAAAGAAAGUAAUGAAGAUUAUUUACAGCAAAUAAUUCGCGGUUCUGGUAAAUUAGUUCUUCUCGAUAAAUUGUUGGUGAGAUUACGUGAAACAGGCCAUAGAGUAUUAAUAUUUAGUCAAAUGGUCAGAAUGUUAGAUAUUCUUGGUGAAUAUCUACAAAAGAGACAUUUUCCAUUCCAAAGAUUAGAUGGAAGUAUAAAAGGAGAAUUACGAAAACAAGCAUUAGAUCAUUUUAAUGCAGACGGAUCACAAGAUUUUUGCUUUUUGUUAUCAACAAGAGCAGGUGGUCUUGGUAUUAAUUUAGCUACUGCCGACACUGUUAUUAUUUUUGAUUCAGACUGGAAUCCACAGAAUGAUUUACAAGCCCAAGCUAGAGCACAUCGUAUUGGACAAAAGAAUCAGGUAAAUAUUUACCGAUUAGUGACGAAAAAUUCUGUAGAAGAGGAAAUUGUAGAAAGGGCAAAGCAAAAAAUGGUUCUCGAUCAUCUUGUUAUUCAACGAAUGGACACAACUGGUCGAACAGUAUUAGAUAAAAAGAAUGCAGGGACCAACAAUAACCCGUUUAACAAAGAGGAUCUAAAUGCUAUUUUAAAGUUUGGCGCCGAAGAUUUAUUUAAAGAUGAAGAAGAUGGUGACGAAGAACCAACUUGCGAUAUUGAUGAAAUUCUGAGGAGAGCGGAAACGAGAGAUGAAGGGCCUUCAACCGUAGGAGAUGAAUUGUUGUCUGCAUUCAAAGUAGCUAGUUUUGCUGCAUUUGAAGAAGAAUCUGAACCAGUUAAUCAACCGAACGACAAUGACGAUGAAAGUAAAGAUUGGGCGGAAAUUAUCCCAGAAAACUUUAGAAAAAAGGUUGAAGAGGAAGAAAAAUCGAAAGAAAUGGAAGAUUUAUACUUACCACCGAGAAGUCGGAAAACAUUGCAGCAAAUUAAUCAAAGUGGAGAAGGAAGGGGCAGAAAAAGAAAAAAGAUGUCUCCAGACGAUAGUGACGAAGGUGAGGACUCUGGAAGCGAAGCUGAAGGUAGUGACGACGAACGUCCUAAGAAAAGAGGUAGACCAAGAGUUACGCCUCGAGAAAAUAUAAAAAGUUUUACCGACGCGGAAAUACGAAGAUUUGUUAAGAGUUAUAAGAAAUUCCCUGCUCCAUUGAAACGGCUGGAUGACAUUGCUACGGAUGCUGAAUUGCAAGAAAAGCCAAUGUCAGAGUUACGUUACUUAGGGGAUCAGUUAAAAAGUAGAUGUGAAGCUUGUUUGACUGAAUUCGAAAGUAUCGCUAAGGAAAAUAAAGGAGAAGAAGAGGGUAAAGGUCCUGGUCGUAAAAGGGGCCGGGGGCCUACAUUCAAGAUCGGCGGUGUUAUGGUUAAUGCUAAAUCCUUCUCCGCAGCGGUGAAAGAACUCGAACCUUUAGAACAAGCUUUACCAUCAGAUUCUGAACAACGAUCUAAUUGGCAUCUCGAUAUUAAAUUAAAACCUGCGAACUUUGAUUGCGAUUGGAACUCUGAGGAUGAUUCUAGACUCCUAAGGGGUAUAUAUAUUCAUGGUAUGGGUUCAUGGGAAGCAAUAAAAAUGGAUAACACUUUAAAACUUGGUGAUAAAAUUCUCAUGAAUAGCAGUAAAGUUCAUUUGAAGAAAAUAAAUGCUCGAGCUGAAUACCUCUUAAAAGUACUCAAGAAACAAAUUGAUACCAAAUUAGGCGUGGGUUAUGUGUUUAUCCCAUUAUCAGAACACGAGUUUAAGACUAAAACGCGUAAACCAAGAAAACCAAAGGAAGUGAAAACUGCAAUUACAAAAGAAAUUAUAGAAGAAAAUGACAGUUCAGGCGAAGAAGGUAGUAAAACAAAAAUCAAGGUUGAAAAGCCACUUAUAAAGAAAGAAGAAGAAGUGAUUGUAAAGAAAGAAACUAAAGAAGAAAUUGAAGAUAUACCCGAAGAGAAAAAGAAGGACAAGAAGACUAAGAAGGAGAAAAAAGAAAAUAAAAAGGCUAAAAAGACUAAACAAGCUGCGGGUCCUAUGCAUUUUACUGCCAAUAACGAACCAAGAGCUUUGGAUGUUCUUGGCGACCUAGAUCCUUCCAUAUUCAAUGAGUGUAAAGAGAAAAUGAGGCCAGUAAAGAAAGCACUUAAGGCUUUAGACAGGCCUGAUCAGUCUUUAAGUGAAGCAGAACAAGUUGCUAAUACAAGGCAAUGUCUCGUCCAAAUUGGAAAUCAAAUUAAUACUUGCCUUGAAGAGUACAGAGAUCCCGAACAAAUUAAAGAAUGGAGAAGUAAUUUAUGGUAUUUUGUGUCCAAGUUUACAGAAUUUGAUGCAAAAAAGCUUUAUAAGUUAUAUAAACACGCAACAAAAAAAGGAGGUGAAAGUAACACAAGUGCAGCAUCCAGUCCAGAAAAAAAGGAGGAAUCGAGUAAUGCUAAGAAAUAUACUGAUAAAACUUACGAGAAACAUAUCGAUAAGCAACAAGUAGAACCCAGUAAAGACAGUAGGUUACAAAAACGUAGGGUCGAAGAUAUGGAAGAAAAUUCUAAUGGUAGCACACCAAGUAAGAAACAUUUCUCGGCUCUGUCUGCUGUCAGCAGUAUCAGCAAUACAUCUACGGUUACCAUUGGUGCUAUUACCAUUACUCCAAUUACAUCGACUCCAAAUUCUACGUCAAGUACCACUAACAGCGCGGAUACACCGCGGCACAAAGAAAAAGAAUCAAAACACAAAGACGUGAAAAGGGACAGGGAACGCGAUAGGGACAGGGACAGAACACACAGUGAUAGAAGUAUGGAUAGAAUGAGUGGAGGAAAAGAUGAAAGGAUCAGAAGAGACAGUGGUGGUUACAGUAUAAGUGGACAUUAUAGUGGCAGCAGAGAAGAUGAUCAUUGGUUAUCCCGUGAUGGAAGGGACAUCAGGGACGGAAGAUUUGGAGACCACAAACGUGAUCGUUUCGACUAUGGACGAAUGUCUGGUGGAUAUCACCGAGAUAGAGAUAGGGAGCGUGAUCGUAAUAUGCAUAUUAAUGAUAAAAGAAGGUACCAUCCCUCGAGUUAUGGAUAUGGUCCAGGAGGAUAUGGGGGUGGAGGUGGUGGUGGUGGUUAUCCUCCAUCUGAUCUUGCAUCAAGCCAUUUUAGAGGACGAGGUUAUCCAGGAGAUGGUUAUCCUGGAGAUGGUUAUCCCGGAGAUGGUUAUCCUGGCGACUGGAGGCCAAAUAAAGAUUAUAGACGAGAUUAUGAUCGAAGACCUCCUCCACCAAAUGCUAAUUCCUAGUGCUCCUUCCUUGUUACCGUUCUCGAAUGUGUCGUUGAGCGGUUAUAAUUCUGAUGGAGCCUUCCGUUGUUUUACCUGACUGAGCACUGUACAUUAUGCUCGCUUAAACGUGGCUAUAUGCUAAAUUCUUUACACAGUUUAUUCUGUGAUUUAGUACCACUCGUGACUUGUACCUAUGUAUAAAAUCUAUUCCAAUGCUUACUUAAUAUGCGAUGAAUUCUACCAUGAUAGAAUGGUCUUUUUAAGACUUUCGAGGAGAGGUUGUGCAAAGAUAACAAAUUGAUACAUAUUCUUAGUGUAUAAUUAAUACUUUUUUUAUAUAUAUAUCAGAUUUCUUGCAAAACAGUGAUAUUGAAUUUUUAAGUUUGUAUUCAACAAUAUAUUUGUCACGCGUAAGAAAUUAUGUUCAUGUAUUCGAAUCCGUUUUAUUAGAGUGCAAUUAUAGCAAGAUUUGUCUGAUAAUGAACUAAAAUCAAAUUACUGUGUUUUUAGUGUAUAAUACUAUGUACACUGACGAUCAUUGAAAUUGUUUGUGAAGUUAUGCGACAAGCGUCAGCGAAGGCGUUAGUAUCGCGUGACCUUGCAACAAUUUCAACGAUCGCCGGUGUAUAAUGUUGAAACAUAAUUUAAAGUGCUACGCCUUCCUAAAAUUCAUGUAACAUAUUUUGCAUUUUCAAUACUGAUCAAGUACGUUUAAUAGAUGUUUAGCUUCUAUACAGUUAUUCACUAUUUCAAACUAUACUACGUUUCAACAUAUAUUUUCAAACUUUUACUAUUGAUUUGUAGUUUAAUAAUUUAUCUAACAUUGAUCAAUUAUCUUAUUGCAGUACAAUAGGUAUAAAAUUAUCUGCAUCUUACUUAAUACAAUAAUGUCUGUAAAAUUGUACAAAUUAGUCGACAUUAUAUAAAUUUUCUAUCAGCUGGAAACUCCACAGAAAUCUUGCAUCAAAAGAAAUAUGUAGUAUAACACAACAACUCUUCGUGAUAGUAUACAGUGUAGAUGAUCUGUACUGUCUCGAUAAGAUUUAUUUAUUAUAAAAUUAGGAACAAAACACAAAUAUGAUACUUGACAACAGAUGAUCACAUUCUCAGAAGGGAAAGAAUAAUAACUAACUUUCUUCUCUUUUAUAGAAUUUAUACUUUCGCAAUUGAAAAGUAGAAAAGAAUUCUAUUUUUGCGUUCAUUCUUUUAAAGUACCAUAGUUUUGUAUCCUAUCUGAAACGAUGUGAGAUAUUGUAAAUAUUAGUAUAAGACGAUAGUUAUAUUCAAUGUAUAUUUAACUACGAAGUUACUGAGAUAGUAUUCUGCUUCUUUGUAGAAAAAAAUAAACAAAAGGCUAGGUCCCUCAGUUUUGCUUCAGUUAAGAAUAAUUGAAUAUAACUACAAUAUCAUAACUAGAAUGAAAAAAAUGAGUUUUUAAUUAUUCAACGAUCAAUAUCUCUAAAAGAGUAUUAAAAUAUUUCUCGAUUAAGUCUUAAAUUAUCGUAAGGAUUUGUAAAGUGCAUAAGUUUUUGCGAGAACUUUGUAUUUUGUCGUUUGUCUAUUAGGAUGCUCCAAACGAUAUCGAUAUUUCCGUAAAAAACAGUUACGAAUUUUAUAUCCGUAAAAAAAUGAAAGUGAUAAGCUUUUCGUAAUUUAUGCAUUCAUUUUUUUGAACCUAAAAAUCAUAUGAGCGCUACACGAUCUUUUCAUAAUAGCGUUAUAUUUAUUUUCUAUUGUCUAAAAUUACUCCUUAACAAACAAUAUGCCUUUAACCCAAAACGAGUUAAUCAAUAGUCAAAGUUUUACAGUUUUAGCGUACAUUUCUGUAAAUAUUACUACACACAAGCGAUAAUGAUAUCUGAACAGAACAAAAUGAAAUUGUACGGACUACAUUAACGAUACUUUGUGUCUUAUGUACGUAUAUGAAAAAGGGUACAUUGAAAUCACACAAUAAUAGAAAUCUGCUAGCUUAGAUUUUUAAUUGCAAAGUGAUAUUCUAAACAGUGAGCUAUUUAUAAUUUAUUACUAACCGAAUACAGACCGUGAAUAACAAAGCAAAAUAUGUUGUAAAUAUAAAA